AUGCCUCCGUCGAAUACAACGUUGACCGCGCGCAGUCCAAUCAGCGGCGGUGCUGCUGCCACGUGGCCGUCUUUCACGUCCCCCUCCCCAAGGCCACCCCCGACCCCUUCUCCGCGCCCUCGCGUCCCUCUUUCCCCGCGCCCAGGCUCUGGCGGCGCGGCUUCCGCCGCUGUCUCCCCCAGCAGGCGGCGCUGGCGGAAGGGGCUGCUCGUCGCGAACGGGCUCGCCGUGCUUUACGGCUCCGCGUGCGCCGUGAAUCGCGUGGCGGAAGCCGCGCCUUCUCAUAUCACUGACGUCGCCCCGCAUUUCGCGCCGCAUCUCGCGACCAUCAUGGAUCACGUCCCCUCCGAUUUUGCCUCGCCGAUCCGAUUCGCCGCAGCGGCCCUCCCGUUCGCCCCUGCUGCCGUCAGCACCUUCGCAGUCGCAGCAGGUCGCGUGGGCGACGGUGCGCGACGUGCGACGACCGCAUCUUCCCAAGGCGCGGCGUCACAGCGUGUGCUGGACUCCACUGGGACAGCCUGUGACGGGAAUGCUUCGCCGCCGGUGGAAGAAAGGAACUCGACAUCCAAGCAUGAGUCGGAAUCCUCGACGGUGGUAAAGGCAGGGCUGGAGCUAGCGGCAUAUAGCUUCUUGGGAGACCUGCUCUCGCAGUUCACAAACGCCGAUACCGCCUCCACUCCAAUGCUUCUGCUGCUCUCGGUACGUGACGUGAUGAUCCUUACCUUGGGCUUUCUCCCUGCCGCACCCAACGUUUCCUGCAAAUGCAGCAACGACUAUCAAUCUCCUCGCAUUCGCAUCACUCCCAUGCUUUCUCAUCCCGUUGCUUCUUGCUCACGCCCGUUCAGUAUAAUCAAUCUCUUUCUUCCUGCUAUUCUCUCAUCUCCUCUCCCCCUGCAGCUCCUCAUCCUCCCGGUACUCCAACUCACCGACCGUCUCCGCCAUGAACCAGCCAACGACUCGCCCAGCAACAGCAACAGCAGCACCACCCGCACGUCGCGCGCACCGCUCGUAUCCGCCCUCAUCGCAAUGCUGGCGAUCGUUGCAGCCAGCGGAGCCACCACCACAAGCAGCGCCGCCGCCGCAGGCCCUUCCGCCCUUCUCUCCACCCUGGGGCAAUCUCUGCCCCUGUCAACCCCAUGGCCCGUGCUCGCAUGCCUGCUCUCCCUCGUGGCACUACUCCGCUGCGAGGCCCACUGCACCCGCUUCAACCCGCUCUCCCUCACCGCUGUCCAGACCUCGUCCCUCGCCUCCCUCUCCCUCCUCUCCUCCCUCCUCUUCCACCUCCUCUCCUCCUCCUCAGCCUUCCCACACGGAAUCCUACCGGAAACCCUCACCAGUGCCACACACAUGGCAGGAACCAGCGGAGCAGCGCUGCUGCCGCUCAUAUACAGCGGGCUUAUGUGCUCGGGGCUAGGCACGUGGAUGGAAAUGCACUGUCUGCAGGACCUACCAGCUCCCGCUCUCAUGCUCAUAUUCACCUCUAUUCCCGGCUGGGGGGGGUUGCUGGCGGCGUUGGCGCAGGGGGAGGUGCCAGAGGCAGGGCUGGGCGUGGCUGGGCUUGUGAUAGCUGCUGUGAAUGCCGGUGCGUGGGCGCUCGUGUCACGCCAUGGCACUGCUGUUGCUUCUGAUACCAGCAAUAGCAGCAGCGCCAGCAGCGGUGGCACGGGCAGCAAUGUCAAUAAUGGGAGCUGUGGCGUGCAAGAAAAAAUCUCAGCUGCAGGGACCGCGGCAGAGAUAGAUGUGGAGGAAACAGCCAAGAAUGCUCCCCCAGUUCCAGUGGAACAGUUGAGCAACUCCCUGGUGGCAUCUCAGCUCAAGGUACCCUUUUACUCCACCAAGGCCAAGAGCCUGCUGCUCAAGCUCAAGCUUAAAGCCAAGGUGGCUGGAGCUAAGGUUAUAGGGGGGAAACUGGGUGUGAAAGCAGCAGCUGCUGGUGCGUACAGUGCUUCCCAUGUGCUGACGUCGGCUGUGGGGAGUGGGAGUUUUGGUGCCGGUGCUGCUGAUGCUGCUGCAGCAGCUGCUACAGGCACGGCUGAUGCCCUGUCGUCGCUUGGCGGUGGUAUGGCGAUGCCAACUGUUGUCAGCAGCAGCAGCAGCAGCAUGUCGUUUGUGGACCACGCUCCUAAGGUGUCCUCCCCACCCUCCUCGUCCUCGUGGUGGCGGAAUUUCUUAAAAGCAGCCGUUCACGUCAAGAUCCCCUCCACCGCUGACGUGGCAGGUCUAGCUGGCAGCGGUGCCGCUGCCACGCCUCCCGCUGCUGCGAGCACCAGCGCCAGCGCGAGCGGCGUUCGCGGCGCCACAAGCGGCGUUCGCGGCGCCACAAGCGGCGGCGGAGGUAGCAGCAGAAGCAGCGCAGGUUCGAGGGUAACUCACGCUUUCGAGCCCGUGAGCCUUGGGAGUACCGAGACCAACCCGCUUCUGGCGGAAAUCUACCCAAUCCGCGAGUCGAAUGAGGCAGACACCGCAGGGAAAGCAGGAGGAGCUAGCAUCGACCAUCCUGCCCACGUAGAUAGUGUCGACCAAUCAGCAUCCGCCCAGCAAUCGGCAUUCCCUAUGCCGCCACCUCCCAAGCCCCCCGCGCUCACGCGCUCUCUCUCCCUCCUCGACCUUAUCCUUCUCGGCAUCGGCGCGUCCAUUGGCUCAGGGAUCUUCGUCGUGACAGGUGUCGCCGCGCGAUUGGCCGGGCCGGCCGUGUCCCUGUCUUUUCUCCUAGCCGGCCUGGCGUCUCUCCUAAACGCGCUCUGCUACGCCGACCUUGCCGCCCGGUUCCCUGGCCGGGUGGGCGGCGCGUACCUCUACGCGCACGCGUGCCUCGGGCAGCUCGCGUCGUUUGUCCUGUUCUGCCACCUGGUGCUGGACUACCACGUGGGGGCGGCGGCGAUCGCCAGGAGCCUGGCGAGUUAUUUGGCGUCUCUGGUGGAGGUGGCAUCUGGAACAGGGCUACCCGGCGUGCUCGCACCAGGAGGCCUGCCUGUGUCCAUCCCCUUGCCAUUCCUCUCCCCGUCGUGGCUCCUCUGGUGGUUCUGCCAUUUGUGCUGUCCUGCUGCUCAUCACAUGGCUGCUAUGCCGGGGGGUGCGGGAGACCUCACGGGUGAACGACGUGAUGACGUCAGUCAAGCAUCAGCGCUCGUCUUCUUCUCCUACAUCGGCUUUGACGCAGUCGCCAACACAGCCGAAGAGUCACUCCACCCGCGCCGCGACGUGCCGCGAGGUCUCCUUCUUGCCCUCGCCGCCUGCUCCCUCCUCUACAUCUCCGUCUCCCUUGUCCUCACCGGCAUGGUCCCGUACACGCUCCUCGACCCCGCUGCACCGCUCUCCACUGCGUUCGCCUCCCUCGGGCUGCAUUUCAUGGAGAGAAUAAUCGAUCUUGGGGCUGUAGUGGGGCUGACAACAACUCUCCUGACCGGAUUGUAUGUGCAGUCGCGCAUGUAUCUGGCCUUGGCGAGGGAUGGGAUGCUGCCUGUGUGGUUUCUACAGGUGAAUGCGGGGAGUCAUGUGCCGGUGCAUGCGCAGUGGUGGGUGGGGGGAGUGGCAGCGGCGAUGGCGGCAAUGUUUGACGUGGGGAAGCUGUCGCAUAUUCUGUCGGUGGGCGUGUUACUGGGUUACUCUAUAGUGUGUAUGUGCGUGCUGGCUCUAAGGGUUGAGUCACAUCAUGGAGGGGGGAGUGGCUGUGUUGGUGCGGGGGAGGAAGGGGAGGAGAGAUUGGAUGAUGCGCUUUUGGCACAAGGGGGUAUAGUCACCACCAGGAGCAGUAUGACUGGCAGUGGUGUGGCUGCGACAGGGCACACACACGUUCCUCCACCACCGCAUUGGAUUACCCAAUGGGGUGGCGACAAGUGGCACGAGGCUGUGGUGUAUGUCUGUGCCUUGGUUGCCUCCGUACUUGCCUUGGGAUUCGCCACUAGGUUCGCUGCACCUUGGCUGAUGCUUGCUCCUCUCUUCCUCUUAUCGCUGGCAUCAUCUGCACCAAUGUUCCUCGCUCAACGCUACGGCGUGCCGGCAUCUGGCUUCGCGUGCCCGUGGGUCCCGUUUGUGCCACUUAUGGGCAUCUGCGUCAACAUGUAUUUGCUUGCGCAGACGCACUGGGUUGCAUGGGUGCGCCUGUUUGUGUUGACUGUGGUGGCGCUGGUCGGAUUCUGGUGGAAUGUGAAGGGAUCAAUACAAGGAUCUAGUGGAUGA